AUCUGAGUGGGAUAAGAAUGUCUAAAAAACAUUUUAGCUUAACCGGUUUGUAGUGAAUCCCAUUCCACUGUCGUUCUGUAUUCAAUGGGCAUAGUGUAAUCGCCGGCGAUUCUGCUCAUAUGUUCAAUGUCCUUUCCGUCUGCGGUUGCCGAUCUCUUGGCCGCGCUUGCUUUCCGGCUUCAGACUAGAAAUCGAGUAGUCGAAGAAGAAUCGGAGGAGGCUUCUUCGUCUAUGGGACUGGCUAUCUCGGAGCUUAACCGAUCUUUGACUCUGGACACCGGCGGCGAGGAUUCUCGGGUUAGAGUUUUAGAUGCGGCGACAUCUCUAAUGUGCUUCAAGGCACCUCAGGUUUUUGAUUCGGCGAUUGAGUAUCUGGUGCGAACAAUCGUUUCCGUCUUAUCAUCUUCAGUUAAUUGUAAGGUGCUUAGGUAUCAAAACGAGGAAAGGUUACAUUUUGGGAGCUCGAAUUUACCUCGUUGCUCUGAAGAAUUGAUCGAAAUCUCCAAUGAUAUAAUUGAUAAACUGGGAGCAAAUGGAAAAUUGGCUACAGAGUUGUUCCAAGCUGUUGUGAGAUCGGCAGCUUCAACAUCAUGCAGCGUUAUCUCGACUAAAAAGUCAGUGGAUGGAAGAAAUAAGGCUGUCUCCAAACUCAUUGCUUACUUACCAAGAGGAUCAUCAUCUAUAGAGAACCACGAGAUACCACUGAGGAUCAUGUUCUGGUAUCAAGAUCCGUUGUCUUUGAAGGAAGAUGUUUCAAGAAUCUUGAAACAUGUGCUGGAAAGGCCUUUCCUCUGUCUGAAGAAGGAGCUCUUCGAGAGGGAAGAGUGGCACACUAUCGUCGUCUGCUUAGCGCUUUCUCCUUCUAUGUUUAUCAACACUAGAGCCCUCUUGCAUAAGUGGUUUUUGCUUACGGGAAUUGCUUCAGUCUUUGAAUUACUUGCCGCUUUGGUCUCUGCAUUAGAGGACACAAUUUCAAGACCAUCGUUGUGGGGUGUACCAAUGGAGCUAGCUUCCAUGUUGCCUUUCUCUGAUGCAUACUUUCCUUUCCAGUGUCAACUUCUGAGAAUCUUGGCUGGUCCUCUCACCUCCAAGUCCCUCGUAAUGUUAUCUCAUACUAUCAAUAAACCAUUCGUGGUUCCUGGGCUACAACGACAUGAUACUAAUUGCAAGCAUACUCCAGUGAAAGUUCAAGCAGUAGAUCACAAAACCGAAUGGGCUUUGGCUAUUAACUUCCCAGAUUGGUUAUAUUUUGCUUCUGCUAUGCUCUUCUCAGAAGGAAAUACAUUAGAAAAUAUACACCAUAGAUAUACUUCACAAGUGGCUAGCAGUAGACAAGGAUGUGACGUAAAAGGUCUCUCCAUUGCCGCGGCAACAUACAUUGCAUGGAUUCUGAACCCUGUAAGUGGAACAAUCCAAGAAUCACUGAUUAAGUCUCUCAUCAGAGUCUCAGAGAUAUGUACUAGAAAAAGUUGCGGCUCAGAAGCACAUCGUAGAGAGACUAUAACUGGCAAGAGAAAGAAACCAGACAGGCUAGUCUCUGGCAAAGUAAAGUCUCCCAGUAUUGUGGAAGACGUGGUGAGAGAAUUUCACAACAAAAUCACCAAUUCAGUUUCUUAUGAAUCAGAUUCUCAGAAAACGAAUCCAUCUUUCAGCUCCGGCCUCGAGAAAAACCUGUUGGUGAGAAGAGUGGUGGUUGGCGUACUGAUUGCUUCUCCACAUUCAGUAACAGAUGAGGAGUAUGAGCUGGUGCUGCACUAUGCUGCAACUGGCAAAAUUAUCGCCAUUAACAAACCGCGGAUCAACGGAUUUAAACAAGCAAAGGGGAGUUCUGAAAUAUCUGCUUUGUUGUCGAAUGAAAUCACCAAGGAAGAGGCUAUUGAAGGCACACGCCUUGUUUUCAACUUAACCGAUACUUUGGAGAGUUUGUGUGUAUCAAGUUUCGAAGCUGAAGAGGAGGCGCAAGAGGUUAUUAACCAGUUUAAGCUAAAAUCCAGAAAGUAUUUGGUCAAAUGCAUGGACCGCCUGAUUCAACUUCACCGUGAAGCAGAUGGAGAUACAAUACUAAGUGACCUUAAUAUCAGACUGCUACAAUGGACAAUAAAAGGACCAGAAGAUCCGCAGUUCAACGAAGAUCUUGAUAGCAUCGCUGCUAAAUUGGCCUUCAUAUUCUCGUCCGUGUAAAGCACACUGUUUUUUUGGGAAAAUGGUGAUCAGAUAUGAUGAACUUGUUUUAAGCACUGACACGACUGGAAUGGGGAUAUGAAUGGUGUUUUCAGCUCCGCAACUGAAAUCAUUUGAUUUGCCUGGAUUAGAGCAGAGGAAAUGGACGAUUGAAUGAAACUAGGAAUAAAGACAAGAGGGGACAUGGGAUAUAUUCUUUCUAUUGGGCUGUGGGAAGGACGGAAGGUAACAAGAAGAUACAAAAACCAAAUCAUGUGGUUUCACUUUCAGACAAGAAGUGAAGAGUUGUCAGAUUCGAACUCGAGAGAGAAGAAUCCGACGGACACGGACCCCACUCCCAACCACUCCACCCACUUGAGUUGGAGAUCUCCAUUCCAGUGGCAAAUUCCAGAAUCAAAGCGACGCAAUUUAUUACAAAACUCCGUUUAUCUUGCAUUCUCCUUAUAAUAACUAAAAAAAAAGGUUGUAUUUUAACACUUUCGUCGUUCGAUAUAACCAACAAAUAACGGCAGACAUCAAACGCUAUAAUCAAGAACCAACCAUUUUUUUGGGUUCUACUACAAAAUUUUAAGAAUUAAAACUUUGUACUGUAGGAAUAUCAACAUACAUGUAUAAAUGUAGUGUCCUAUUUGAUAGAGUAUGAACGAGUGCAUACAGUUUGAAGAGAUUCCAUGAACAAAGCAGAGAAACUUGUUAAAGCUUGGAACACACCAGGCAACCCUGUCUGCAGAUUAUUCAGAGUCAGGGCUCUCGUCACUUCUAUUGCCUUUGAAUGUUUCACCAUCUCUUCCUCUACUCUCCUUUGGCAAACCGCAAGCUCCGAUUUUUUAUCGCUUAGCGGGUCUCGAGCGUCUAGCAUGUGUUGGUUAUCGGGUCCUGAGUCUGGUAAACCGAUUCCGACCAUUGAGUAAGACUGGUAAUAUUUCCUUUCUAGGUUUCUAAGCGACGAAGCUUUCUUCUCGAGCUCUUUCGAUGCCGAUUCUGUUCUUUUCUUUACCUUGUGUUCAUCAGCUUGUUUCGCGGAUAUUACAUGCACAACGUUGAUGAAGCUUUUGAUUGCUUCUGAUGCCACUGUAUCGGGAACACGGUCUAGAGCAAGUUUCCACUCAUCGCAGAAGGCGUAAGCAUCGGCUGGCUCUUUGUGGUGAUUUGCAGCCGCGUCUUCGUGGCAGACCGGAAGAAGGGUCAGUUUGAACCAGGCGUGAACCGAGUGUAUGAAGUCACGUUGGAACUUGAUGAGAUGACUGAAACUGGAGUGCCAAGAAGAGACGGCUGAUUCUAAGUCACGUGUCGCUUGUCGGUGUAGCUCAGAGGUUGAUACGCCUCUGCCUGAUCUGUCUAUGAGCCCUCGGACUUGCUGCACGAUGCUGUUCUGAGUCUCGUGGUAUUGAUGCAUAGCUUUCCACAUGUACAUAAAGCUGCAUCAGAGUUCAACGAGUUGAGGAACAAGGUCGGUAUCACGAAGACGGAUUAUGGCAGUAGAUGUAGUUGUAACAGCUUGAGAUGUAACAAUUAUCAGUGACUGUAACCUCGUUAUUGAGGCCUUUGUCUUGUCUAGCUUAGCUUCAUCCUCACCUUUAUACUCUUGGCUUUGCAAUUGUGAUAGCUUCUUCUCGUGCUCAAUCUUCACACCUUCUCUAGCCUGCAAAAAAAUAUUCAUCAGCUUCUUCUCCCAUGCCAAGAGACGGUCAAGAGUUGAACAGAGGCUCUUCACACUGUUGGGUUGAUCCAGCGCCGUCGUGUCAAUCCUGUACUUGACUGCCAAUGGCGGCUUCGAGGUCCAUGUCGAGCUCAGGUUGCUUAAUAUGCUACUCGAAUGUAUCACAGUUUUCUUCAAUUGGCUGAAACUUCGAUCAAGCUGAGCUCUGCCGAGCUCAAGCAUCUGAGACACGUGGUCGCCGGCGGCGGCCGCCUUGUCGAAAUUCUCCUUGAUCGCAUCAACGAUUUCUUUCAAAUCCCUGUGCCUAACCACCAUACUCAUGUCGGCGAUCUCUCUUCCGCCUCUGUCGCUACCGGAAGACAUCGUCGCAUCAUCUGCUUUGUCAUAUCUUCCCUUUUCAGCGCCGCCGUAUUCUCGCGGCAUUGGUGAAGGUCGCUGGUGGUGGUGCCGACUCAUCGAAUCAGCUCUCACGGUAGAUCCGACGUCGGAGCGUGUCCCGAUCUCGGAAACUGACUCCCUCUCGUCGUCAUCUUCCUCCGAGGAGCUCGUGGUGCUGUAGUGAUCGUGAACGUCCCAUUCGCUACACUGUACUUCCUCUCUCUCCGUCCCCUCAUCCUCCUCCUCCUCCACCGCACUGCUCACUGAUUCAAACUGCUUCUGCUUACUCGGAUGGAAGAAAUCAUACUCUGACCUAUCAUCGCCGUCGGCGGGAUCGCUAAACGGAUUAUCGGGUUUCUGUUUCUUCUCUUGAGCCUUCCGAUCGAAGAAUUCGGAAUCGGGAGGAGAAGGAGGGUAGAAAUUCUCCCAGUUCCAGACGGAGGAGGCAUGGGAUGGAGUGGCGGAGUAAGUGGAGUUCUGGUACGCGCCGGGAUAGAAAUUCGGCAUGAAAUUGGAUCUCUCGCUCCUCGGAGAAGACGAAGGGCUUGACUCCGAGAGGAUAUGAGGCAGCUUUGGUCUGGGUUGCUGUUUCCUCCGUCGAUUGGAAGAGGCGGACAUGACUGGAGGCUGCUUGUGCUUUGUACUUGCAACGGAAGGAGAUAUCGGAGGAGGAGGAGGAUGAACGGAAGAAGGAGCAGGCGACGACGGAACGCGUGGAGGGAUAAGGUUGGCCGGAGAGUGUUCGGAAGGAGGAGGAUUGAGGAAAAUUGCUGGAGUCUGAUCCGAUACAGAGAGAGGCUCACCGGCGGCGAAUGAGGAAAGAGCAGAUCCAGUGAGACGAAGCGAGCGGCAGUAAUCGGCGUGAGCGGCGGCGAGAUGAUGUCGCGCGUAGACAGCUUCCUUCAUCAGACGGCGGCGAUCCUUACACCGCCGAACAGUAUCCUCGCUAUCGAGUUUCGACGCCGCACAUCCCAUGUCUUCUCCUUCAGCUUUCUUCUUCGUUACGGUGGCGCGUGAGCUCACGCCGGCUCAGCAUUUUUCAAAACAAAAUCAUACAAAAAGAGAGAAAGAUAAAUAGCUGUUUUCAGAUUUUCCACUCUUCACUACUACACUGUACUCUCAGUUUUCUCAUAUUUAUCGGAAAAAAAUAAAACAUAACCGACAAAAAAUAAAUGAAAAUAUCAUUUUCCUCGACUGAUGAUAAACAGUGACU